GUUUAUAAUUAGAUGGCCCGGGGUGACGAUCUGACUGUAUAUAAAAGGUGACUAACUGAACCCUGAUCGAUCGCCGUCCACUCGCAGUCGCCGACCUGACUAUGAUCGCCUCUCUUGACGACUGGCUGGUAGGCUUUUGACUAUCUUGUCACAAUGGACAAAGAGGUGCACACACAAGUUAUUUCGUUCAUAUGUGCUACCUGCAGGUUAGACUGAUACGAGGGGCUCCACAAGUUGCAGUUCUUGCUCCCUUCCAGUCAUUAUGUCUGCAUAUGGAAGGACCGAACGUUCGAUCCCUUCGCGUCUUCCACCUGAGCCCCACAUGCACUCCACAUGCGACUACUCUUUCUCCUAACUAUACUCCUUUUUUCAGCUAGAGUACUUCUACAGUACCGACAUCUAUGUUAUCGACUGAAGCAAUGUCUUUGAUUUGUGCAAUGAUGUUAUGGUCUGACGCGAUCCUCUUGUAUUCUCCGACCUGUUGCUGCGCUAGUAAAAAUGCGUCGAAAGGUUGCCCGAGGCGAACCAGCAAUCGCAACGCUCGCAAACCGCCAGGUAACUCGUCAGAGUCGCCCACCUGGGAGUCGUCCGUCGAAGAUUCGGGCUCAGUCCAAUCUGUCAUGCUUUCCAUAUCGUCUGCGAAGUCAGGCUGCUCUGCAAAAUCAGGAACCCCAAGGAGUUACCGAUCCCAUGGACGGACAAGUAAGAAUGUUUGCCGAAUGGGCUUUGUCCGCGAGAACUGAACUAGGGUCUCUUCUGUGAUGAUCAGCAGGUCCUGAAGCCCAUCUGCAUUGACUCUAUAUGUGAUGGGAGUCUCCUGGACUAGACCGCGCCUCCGUCUGACUUCUGUUAUGCGGAAUGAAAUGCAAGGCAGAUGCAGUCUGCAAUUUGCAAAGUGAGGAGCUCUCAGCUGUUCAAGCUGGUCAUAAAAUUUCAAUGCUAGAUCUGCAGGCACGGUUUGUUGCAGCGAAGAGACUUGUGUGUGAAUAUGAUCUCCAGACAAAUAUGGAAGGGUGCGUGGAUGAGUGGUGUAAGAGGUGAUAUGGGCUGGAAGACAGCUAUUGAACUCGGAAGGUUGUCCGAUCCAGUCGAG